AUGUUUCCCUUUAAGCUAGGCAAAUGGAUGGGACUCGCUUGCCUCCGGUCACUGAUCGUUUCCUCACCAAAUAUCCGUCAGAAGAAACUAAUCCACAAGCUGCAGGAGGAAAAGGCUUUUCGGGCAGAGAUGAAAAUGUUCCGUGAGAAAAUAGAAGACUUCAGAGAAGAGAUGUGGAAUUUCCGAGGCAAGAUCCGUACUUUCCGGGACCAGAUCUUAGACUUUUGGGAACAAGAGAGACCCUUCUGGGAAGAGGAGAAAACCUUCUGGAAAGAAGAAAAAACCUUCUGGGAAAUGGAAAAAUCUUUCCGGGAAGAAGAGAAAACCUUUUGGAAAAAAUACCGAACCUUCUGGAAGGAAGACAAAGUCUUCUGGAAAGAGGACAAUACCUUGUGGGAAAAAGAUCGGAAACUUCUUCAGGAGGACAAGGCCCUGUGGGAAGAGGAAAAGGCCUUGUGGGUAGAGGAAAGAGCCCUCCUUGAGGAAGAGAAGGCCCUGUGGGAGGAUAAAAAGUCCCUCUGGGAGGAAGAGAACGCGCUCUGGGAGGAAGAGAAAGUGUUCUGGGUGGAAGGCGGCCUCCACAAUGUGGAGGAACAAAGGCCAGAAGAUGGCCCCUACGACCUCAACACAGAACCACCAUCACCAGCCUUCUUCAGGGGCCGGGCAUAG